AUGAUUUAUAUAGAAAGUUUAGAGCAGAACAGCUGUCUAAUAUCAGGACUUUCAUGUAUAAUAUUAACGAUUUCUUACGUCGCGAGCUUAUAUAUUUGGAGGUCUAAAUUUAACAGAGACCACCCAAGUACAAUAAAAAAGAGAUUUUUCAGUGUGAUUUGUAUGAUGCUAUUAGCUCCUUUCUUCACAUAUUAUUUACUUGACGAUAAUACAUUAGAAAAAGCGAGUAUUUAUGAACAUAUGGGUCUUCGCAUAUCAGGAAUGUUAUUAGCUUCAACAGUACCACUGGUUUUAACCGCUACAUUGUUUUUGGGGCCUUUGACUAUGCAAUUUUUUGGAGGAACAUUUAAAUUGUAUGCAGAACCUAUGUACUGGUUUUCUUGUUGGCAAGAUUUGGUAUGGUUGCGUAACCAUAUAAUGGCUCCUCUGAGUGAAGAAUGGGUUUUCAGAUCAUGUAUGAUGCCAAUAUUAUGUCAAUGUCUGAAACCGUAUAAAGCUGUGUACAUAGCACCAUUGUUUUUUGGAGUUGCUCAUUUUCACCACUUAUUUGAGCAGAUGUCGAGAGGUGUUCCCGUGAUGUCUGCAUUAUUUGUUUCAUUGUUUCAGUUUUCCUUUACAACAGUGUUUGGUGCAUAUUCAACCUAUCUCUUCCUAAGAACUGGACAUUUCUUUGCUCCGUUAAUAGCGCACAUAUUCUGCAAUCAUAUGGGAUUUCCUAAUUUCUUUGAGGUCAGCCAAUUUCCUAUGAUGCAGAGGAUCGUUAUAUUAGUUAAUUUUGUACUCGGAUUAAUUCUAUGGAGUUAUUUGCUAGUACCAUUGACAAGUCCAUAUAUUUAUGACAAUAGAUUGUUAUUGUUAACUUGA